CCUCGAUGUGGAUGACAUUCCAGGUUUUCUGCGUCAAUCGCACCUGAGCAAGGCUGUGUAGCAUGCGAGAAGACAACAAUACCUCAGUUAGCUUCCUUCUCCUCUUUCUUUACAUACUCUCCCAAAGCCAACCGGUCCCACCUCACAAGCCAUGGCGGAUGCUCAACAGCAGCACGCGCCUGGAGGCCACUAUUCGGGCUCGAACAAGAUCCCGACAAUCAACCAAUUUAUCGAAAAGCUCGAUCGCGACAAGGCAACUCGCGACAAGCAGAUUGACGAGCAGAAGAGGGCAAAGGCCACAGGCGCAACUGGCGAUGCUGUCCCUCAUCAGCAGACAUCGGAUCUCCACGCAAAGGAGAACCAGCAAAAGGUCACAGACCCUACCACCGGCAAGGAGGUAGUCAUCGAGGAUGUCAACAAGGAGAUGGUCGAGGCGGCUAAGAACCCCAUGCUUUCUGUACCCAACGCAAACCUGGACAAGCCUACAACUGUCAAGACAGACCCUUCCCAGUCCAUGGCAGACUACAAACACAACCAAGAUGUCACCGCCCCUCCGGAUCCUGUCGCCGAAGGAAGCACAUCAGACGUACCAAUCCACGGCGAGAAGACCAACAUCCUCUUCCAUCCCACACCAUCCGUCAGCUAUGAGCCGUUUUUCGCUGCCAUGGAGAAGAGGGCGACAGGUCUCUGUAUUGGUGUUUUCCUGGGUAUCGUCUUUGUUGGCAACAUCUUCGGUGGCUCGCUCAAGGGCCUCAUCCCUCUGGCCAUGUGUGUCUCAUCCGGUAUUUUCCUCUGGGCCAAAGAGGUCAUCCGCAGUGGUAGAGAAGUUGAAUGGGACAGCGAGAAGAUCAGAGGUAGAACGGCAACUGCUAACCUCCUUCCCGAAUCCGUCGAGUGGAUGAAUACAUUGCUUGGAGUCGUUUGGGGUCUCGUCAAUCCGGAUAUGUUCCAGAGUGUCGCCGAUACCCUCGAAGACGUCAUGCAAGCAUCGGUUCCUGGUAUCAUCGAAAAUGUGCGUGUCGCAGAGAUCAACCAAGGCAGCAACCCCAUCCGUAUCCUCAGUUUGCGCGCUCUUCCCGAUGAGCAUAUGAAGGAGAUGAAGACUGCAAUCCACGAAGAGAACAAGAAGACCAAGGAUCCCCAGGAAGCUGCCGCUGAUGAGGAGGGCGGUGACUACUACAACCUCGAGGUCUCGUUCGCAUACCACGCUGCUCCUUCUGGAAAGAGAGCAUCCGACAGAGCUAGAAACAUGCACAUGCAAUUGGUCUUCUACCUGGGUAUCAAGGGUCUCUUCGGCGUUCCCCUCCCAAUCUUCGUCGAGCUGCAAGAGCUGGUCGGUACCGUCAGACUGCGCAUGGCCAUGACUCCCGAACCUCCAUUCUUGAAAACACUGACCUUUACUCUCAUGGGUGUUCCUCACGUCCAAGCAGGAUGUAUCCCUAUGCUCGAGAAGGGCGUCAACAUUCUCAACCUUCCUCUCAUUUCGAACUUUGUCAACUACGCUAUUGGUGCGGCUGCUAGCAUGUACGUCGCUCCCAAGUCUAUGUCUCUUGACAUGAGAGCAAUGCUUCAAGGCGACGAUAUCACCAAGGAUGUCCAGGCUCUUGGUGUCAUGUGGAUUCGUAUUCACCGCGCUGUCGGUCUGAGCAAGCAGGACAAGCGUGGCAGCAAACACGGAGGCAGUGAUCCUUACAUCACCUUGUCCUUCUCCAAGUACGGAAAGCCCAUGUACUGCACUCGUGUCAUCACCGACGACUUGAACCCUAUCUGGGAAGAAACCGCUGCUCUCCUCGUUACUCCUGAGCUCAUCAAAGCCGAUGAGAACUUGAGUGUCGAACUCUGGGAUUCUGACCGUCACACCGCCGAUGAUAUUGUUGGCAAGGUCGAACUUUCCAUGCAGAAGAUGAUUCAACACCCCGGCAAGAUGUACCCUCAAGUCUCCAAGCUUGCUGGUAUGGACUCGGACAGCGAAAUGCCCGGAGAGCUCCAUUGGGAAGUCGGUUUCUUUGGCAAGCCUCAAUUCAGGCCCGCUCUUCGUACCGACGGAAAGAACCACGCACUCCCUCAGAACCUCCGUGACAAGCCCGAGCUCCAAGAUGACAAGGGUAUCGCCAAUACCGACACCGAUGAUGCUGUUCAACACACUCCCCCAGACCCUCUCUGGCCCAGUGGUGUUUGCAGUAUCGUCGUCCACCAGAUUGUCAACCUCGAACUUGAUAACAUCAAGGGCACCGAAGGCAGCCGCAAGGGUAGAGAGUACGAGCCCGCCAAGCCCAGUGGCGAAGGCACUGACGAGGAGGGUGAACAGCUUCCUACCAGUUACUGUACCAUCCUCUACAACGAUGAGCUGGUCUACAGAACUCGUGCCAAGGCAGUCAGCAGUCAACCUAUCUUCAAUGCUGGUACCGAGCGUUUCAUUCGCGACUGGAGAUCCGCUGUCGUCACUGUUACUGUUCGCGAUUCUCGCAACCGUGAACACGAUCCUAUCCUCGGAGUUGUGCCCCUCAAGUUAUCCGACGUUAUGGAGACCAGCUCGCAGGUCACCAGAUGGUACCCUCUUGACGGUGGUAUUGGCUUCGGUCGCAUUCGUAUCUCGCUUCUCUUCCGCAGCAUCGAAACUCGUCUUCCUCCUAACAUGCUCGGUUGGGAUGUUGGUACUUUCCAGUUCCUUUCCGAGAAGAUCACUGCAACUGGCUACACUCACCACGCAAAGCUUAAGAUGCGCACUGGUGGUUCCGUUGGCAAGCUGCCUCGCACACAAUGCCACAAGGUUGACAACGGUCUUGAAUGGGAAGUUCAGCACAACGAGAAGAAGGAACCUAUUCGCCUUCCUGUCAAGUACCGUUACCGUAGUCCUAUUGUCUUCGAGUUCCACGUUUCUGGUAAGCGCAAGGCUGAUGCUCACGCUGUUCUCUGGCUGCAGCACCUCGUCGACAAUGAGACCACCGAGAUUGAUAUUCCCAUCUGGCGCACUUCGGCUCCAGCAAGACUAACUCAAAACUACAUCACCGAGGAGAAUGUGAACAAGGCCAUGCCAGGACUUGACGACCUCGAGGAGAUCGGUCGCCUCAGAUUCUCCGGUCGCUUCAAGGCUGGCAUGGAUGAGAGUCAUGAGCACUUUGUCGCCGACAACGAGUCUCGCGAGACUUAUGAGACUUGGGAAGCAUGUCUUGCUGAGGGUGUCCGUACACGAUUGGUUGAGAAGGAGAUGCCCGACCGCGUUCAGGCUCUGCACGAAAAAUCUCUCACUGAAGGCCGCGACAUCCUCAAGGAAGAAGAGCCUGACGAGAAGCAAAAAUGGCUCAGCAAGCAAGGUACCGAUUGGAGUGGAGCCUUUGGCGAAGACCCUAAGGCCUACAUGGACUCGCAAGGUAGAAAGCGUCGCGAGCCCGGUGCCGAACCUCCCCUUCACGAUCCUCACAAUCCCAGCUCCGACGACGAUAGCGACUCUGACAACGACAAGUCUUCGGAAGAUCUCGGCGUCAUGGAUGCCAACAACUCCGAGAACCGUGGCGGCAACAACGGCGAAAGAUCCAGAAGAAAGUCUUACGCUACGGACACCACUGGCGGCCGCAGCUCGUACGAUUCCUAUGCCGGCACAAAUUCGACAUUUUCCGACAACACUGAUGGUAGUCCCAAGGAUGUGAACAAGCAGAACAAGCGCACUGAAGAGCGCAAGCAGCGUGGACUGAUGCAGUGGAAGCCAGCACGUAACCUCAAGUUCGCAAAGGAUGAGGGAAAGAUUGGCUUGAGAAAGAUCAAGAACAAGUUGACAGGUGGCCUUAACGGCAGACAGCCUGGUGUUGAGACCGAGACUGGACAGUAGAUGUAUGUCUACUGCUUUUUGAAAGACUUUAUGGACUUCCUUUCUUUGUUUUUUGUAGUCUCUAAGUAAUUACCCCUAGUUUUUAUCACGCAAAAAUGAUGCAGACGAAUCUCAUUUUUAAAUCACACGUCUU